AUGUCAGGGCUGUUUUCUGCCAACAAUCUGAUAAAGAGCAGGAAGGCCAAGAGAUUGGCAGACACCACCUACAGGAAGCGGGCACUUGGAACAAAAUACAAGCACAGUGUACUCGGAAGGGCUCCUCAGGCAAAGGCAAUCGUAUUGGAGAAAAUUGGUGUGGAGGCCAAACAGCCAAACUCUGCCAUAAGAAAGGCUGUUAGAUGCCAGCUAAUUGCAACUGGAAAGAGGAUAACUGCAUUUGUCCCUUAUGACGGGUCAGUCACAUACAUUGAGAGCAAUGACGAAGUGACUGUAGAAGGAUUUGGUAAGAAGGGGAGAAGUUUUGGAGAUAUUCCUGGAAUUAGAUUCAAAGUAUGCAAGGUGCAAAACGUGUCUCUGCACGCUAUAUUUACAGGGAAGAAGGAGAAGCCUUCAAGGUAA